AAUGCCGGAGCCCCCCAUCCCCCCCUAAUGCUCCUCAGUACGGGGUAGUGACGUCUGUGGCAGGUGGUCGUAGAAGCGAGACUCCCGUGAGAGUCACUUGCGCACGAGCACUUACGAACGCCGUGGCAAAAUAUUCGUAAAAGCCUCAAGGGCCCUCAGUAAAUCAGUACGGGUCAAGCGGUGUCGGACAGUGCCACUAGCAGAAUAGUAACCGCCAGUGACCAGAACAGUGCUACCAGCUGAACAAUGACCGUCAGUGACCAGGACAAUGCCACCAGGUGAACAGUGCCCGUCAGUAACCAGGAGUGUCACCAGUUAAGCAAUGACCGCCAGUGACCAAGACAGUGAUACCAGGUGAACAGUGACUGCUAGUGAAUAGGACAGUGCCCCAAUUGAACAGUGGCAGCCAGUGACCGGGAAUAUGCCAACAGUUGAAUAGUGAACAAGGAAAGUGCAAUCGGUUGUACAGUGACGAGGACAGUAUCGCUAGUUAAACAGUAAACAGUGACAGUGCCAAGACUUAAAUGAUGAUCACAAGUGACCAGGGCAGUGUCACCAACUGAUUAGUGAUUACGUCAGUGACCAAAACUGUGCCAUGAACUUGAAGAGUGAGUACCAGUUGACUAGGACAGGACCAUCAACUGGACAGUGACAGCCAAGGAUCAGAAACAGUGCUACCAGCUGGACAGUGACAGCCAGUGGCCAGGACAGUACAACCAGCUAGAGAGUGACUGCAGGUCUACCUAAACCACUACUAUAUUGUUGUUAAAGUAUAAACAAUAACAUAACCAAAAGUGGACUAUGUACCUUGAUAACGUUGCUGAUAAGGCUUAACGGUCACACGCCCAUGGGAGGAGGAUGUCCACGACCCCUGACGCUGCUGAUGUGCUGUUGUUGUUCUUCUUAUAGCUGCCACGCCCACCAGAGUCAACGCCCGCACGCCCUCACGCCCACACCAAUGAAGAAGGAAACUCUGUCAGGUUUCUCAUGUGGGGGGGAUAUUGUGUGAGACGAUAUAUUCCCUCUGUUUUUUUGUUGUUUGUUUUAAUACACGAGGUAAAUAGUGAAGUUAUUCCUUAUUUCACUUAGAAAAUUUUACUACGACCUGACUAUAGUGUUGGGAUGUAAGACUAACACAGAAGCCGUAUAAAUAUUCUAUAGUGUGAAGAAGUGGAGUUAAGAAUGACUUACUAACACUACAUGAAACACAAACAAGAAUAAGUUUGAUGGUGUUGAUGUAAAUGAGAAGAAAAAAAAUAUAAAUAAAAACAAGUGGAGAGGAAAAGUAUAUCAAUAAAUAGUGGGAAGGAAAAAUAUACAAAAGUGAUCAAAUUGAGUGAUAAGCGAUUCAGAAUUUACAGCCAGACUCAUGACAUAAUAUUAACAAAGAGACGAAGGAAGAGAAGUAAACAGUGAAGGAAGUAAUAAAGUGGAAAACAAUGACAAGUGAAGAGUGUUAGUGAGCACCAGAGGCAGCGAGCGGUAGAGUCGUGUGAUGGGGGCCUGGUAGUGUAUAGUCUCCCAGCACCACUUCCCCAUGGACGACGACGGGGCCAGCUGGUACACCGACGGGGGCCCAGGGGCACACCCACCCAUGGAGGAGGGACCCCCAGGCAUGCACCUCAAGGACGAAAACCCCCAUGAGGGCGCCCUGGACACUCACACCCACAUGGACGCCAACGAUCCUAACGCCCCGACACCCAUGAAUGUCGAGACACAAAUCUCACUGAGUGGGGGCGUAGCCAGCCAUCACACAGGAGGGCAACAAGGGACACUGCUCCCCCCGGAAGAAGUGGAUGGGUUCUUUACCUCCCUAGACUCAAAUGGGCGUGAACAAAGAGCUCGCUACUACGCUCACGCCCACAACGCCGGCCACAACCACACGCUGCAACAGUACCCACACAACACACACGGUCGCGUGGGAGGCAGCCCCGUCCGCCCUCAUUACCCCACGCCCCUCCACGCGGCUUGGUUCCCGGAGCACUCCCGAGGCAUGGGUAUGGCACACACGCCGUCCACGUCAUGGGUGCCUCCUCUCACCUCUCGCCAACCACCCACCGCGCCCCUGCAUCACACUCACCUAUUUACAUUCCCGCCAACGCCACCCAAAGACGCCACCCCUGAUACCGUAGGUAUGACGGUGGCCGCCCACGACUAUAAUAGUGUGGUCACGUCAACGGCAACUCAUCACGCCCACCAGCAAGGCCUAGAGAUGUCCAUGGCUGAGCUGAAGUCACCCCCGGCCCUCCUGCCCGUCAUGGGUACCUCCAAACGUGAAGGUAGCGACGAGUACGCCCUCUCUGACCCCUUACUCCUCUCCUCUCAACCCCCGUCCCUCCUUCACGCCCACAACCCCCUUCCACCACCACCCACAGAGAUCCUUCACCCAGACUCCUACGCUGCCUACGACGCCUACCUUCCCGCCCACGAAGACGCCUACUACCCCACCCCUCCGGACACCCAAACUCCUGGCCACGCUCCCUCCAUCUCCGCCUCCAAGAGCAAAGCAAAAGCCAAGGCCAGCGCCGAAGGCCGUGAGUGCGUCAACUGCGGCGCCACGUCGACGCCGUUGUGGCGACGCGACGGUAAUGGUCACUACCUGUGCAACGCCUGCGGCCUGUACUACAAGAUGAACGGCCAGAACCGACCCCUCAUCAAGCCCAAGCAGCGCAUGUCGGCACAACGGAGGGCGGGGACCAGCUGUGCCAACUGUAAGACUUCAACAACAACACUCUGGAGACGCAACCAAAACGGUGAACCAGUGUGCAACGCCUGCGGCCUCUACUACAAACUACACAGUGUAAACCGGCCACUCACCAUGAAGAAGGAAGGUAUCCAGACCCGCAACCGCAAACUGAGCCAGAAAUCGAAGAAAAAGAAGGGUAUGCUGGGCUUCCCGGACAUGUUGAAGCCUCUGGACAAGAGCGGCUUCGGCGGCUUCGGGACUGGAGGCUCUGGGUUCGGCUCCAUGUCGCACUACAUGUACGGCGGCCAGAUGCACGGCUCAUCUAUGGCAGGAGGCUUCAUGUCGGCCCCACCCGUGCACGGCAUGUCGGCCAUGUCGGGCGUAGGACUCGGCCUCUCCUCCACCUCACAGAUCCAGAUCCCCUCCAGUCUCAGCCUCCAGCCUCCUAUGAAUGGGUGGCGCUCGGACUACACAUGACCUGACAUAUUCCCAGUGACCUGAAGGCAAGAUGAAGAGGAGCAGUGUCACGAGAGGUCAUAGUGCCACAAAUUAUAUGCCCACAAAUGGACACUGACGUCAAGAAAGUUAAAUAAAAAAAGUGGGGGAGAGAGUAACAGGCGUCCAGUACCAUCGAAAAAAAAAGGCAAAAC